UAGAACUUCAACGGUAGAAGAUCAAACUUUCGCGGUCAGAACUAGAUGCCCUAUAGUUUGAAAAAUGCUGUGCCUGAUAAACUCUAUCUUAAAUUGAAAUAUCUAACCCUUUUCCGACGCUUUAUGAGCUUCUCCACCUCUUUACACAUCAACCCCCGCUCGUCCAAUUGGAUCCUGACUCCUCCCAAAAGAAUUCGGCUUUCUUCCAUGUUAAUGUCUUCUCAAAAUGCGCAAAGGUGACAUAUCGGAAGACGAAGAGUUGGGGGUGUUAGAGGAUAAAACCGAAGCUCUUACUCUCCGUUCAAAACGCACUGAGAGAACCCGGAAAAAGCAAGCAAAGAAGACCAAGAAGACCAAGAGCCAGCCAUUAGAUAUCCUAAGCUUACCAUACGAACUUGUCUUGGGGAUUUUCUCUUGGCUGCGACCCAGCGACGUCUUUAAUCUUCAGCGGGUUAAUAAAGCUUUUUAUGGCUUCAUCGCGCAAGCGGAGCGGCGGAUAACGAGAGUCAUUACAAGAUGGCGCUACGUCUGUCUGGAGAAAUGUUUUAGACUACCUAUCCUUCUGCAGCAAGUCGGCCCCAGCAUCCACGCCUUGCUACAAGAUCCCGAUCGGCAAGAAAUACUUACCAUCCACAAGAAGCCUUAUCAGCAUGUUCAAAGUCCGGAUCCCGCAGAAAUUUGUACCUGUCUAACCUGUCUAUUGCGAUGGUCAUCCCUCUGCUUGAUUGUCGACUUUGCACAUUGGCAGGAAAAUCUGGACAUAGGUGAGCCAAUCCCUAUGAUCCCGCGAGGCAAACACCCAGAAUGGAACCAGGCUCUUUUAGCUUCAAAUGCGGCUAUCGUUCGAAAGGCUCUACACAGUCCACUUUGGCAUGCUCGGCUACUUGAAACGCAUUUAGACUCCAUUACAAGGUCUAUACGCCGACAAGCCGCCAAUAAAGGCAACAAGAGAAAACGUUUCCGUAUGUUGAAGGAGGAUGUAGACUCUGGCUCCGAUCUGUUUCUUGAGAGGAGCGGUCCACCAAGCCUCGACUUCCCAUUCCAUAGGGAUAAUUAUUACAUGUUAGAGGCAUACCUCCCAAACAGAAGUUGGAAUGCGGACCAACGGAGGUGGAUGUACGUACCAGCCGAUCAGCAUAACACAGAUAUUCAGUUUAUCGUCAAGUGGGCCGAAUUUAGACGUCGGAAAGCAGCCGCUGAAUUGGAAGAUGUUGCAAAAUCUUCGUCCUAGGAAGAGAGGGUAUAUAAUACUUCAGGUACGGCCAGUGCAAGGGAAGGGUAUAACUCGCCUCCCCCGCGACAUGCAUGACCUAUCGAUGUGGAAAGGGAGGGCAGGAUCAUCCCAGUCUUACAUGAACAAUCUCGCCAACGCCAUCCAAUAUGGGAACAAAUACGGUGAAAGAUUU